UGUCGCGGCGCCUGGGCUGGGCUGGGCUGGGCUGGGCCGGCGGCGGGCGCGGGGCUGGCGGGAGCGCGAGCGCGAGUCUCCAGCGUCCAGCGCGGAGCCCCGGCGCGGGGUGAGCAUGGUGCCUUAGUGCUGGUGGGGCUAUGUCGGAGGCGGCCCGGAGCCUCCUGCAGCGCUGGUGCGCCAGCUUCAGGAAGGGUACUGACUUCGACUCCUGGGGGCAGCUGGUGGAGGCGAUCGACGAGUACCAGAUAUUAGCAAGGCAUCUACAAAAAGAAGCACAAUCUCAGCACAACAACUCCGAAUUCACAGAAGAUCAGAAGAAAACCAUAGCUAAAAUUGCAACAUGCUUGGAACUGAGAAGUGCAGCUUUACAGUCCACCCAAUCACAGGAUGAAUUUAAACUUGAGGAUCUGAAGAAGCUGGAACCAAUUUUAAAGAAUAUCCUCACUUACAAUAAGGAGUUCCCCUUUGAUGUUCAGCCUGUCCCACUCAGGAAGAUUUUAGCACCUGGAGAAGAGGAACACUUGGAGUUUGAGGAGGAUGAUGAGGAAGGAGGAGCUGGAGCAGGGUCUCCAGACUCUUUUCCUGCUAGAGUUCCAGGAGCCAAUGAAGGUACUUUAUUACCCAGAUUGCCAUCUGAACCCGGGAUGACAUUACUCACCAUCAACAUAGAGAAAAUUGGUCUGAAAGAUGCUGGGCAGUGCAUUGAUCCUUACAUCACAGUCAGUGUGAAGGAUUUGAAUGGGAUAGAUCUGACUCCUGUGCAAGAUACUCCUGUGGCUUUGAGGAAGGAGGACAUGUAUGUCCAUUUUAAUGUGGACAUUGAGAUUCAGAAACACAUCGAAAAACUAACGAAAGGUGCAGCUAUUUUCUUUGAAUUCAAACACUACAAGCCUAAGAAAAGGUUUACUAGCACCAAGUGCUUUGCCUUCAUGGAGAUGGAUGAAAUUAAACCUGGGGCAAUUGUUAUAGAACUGUACAAAAAACCCACUGACUUUAAAAGGAAGAAAUUGCAACUGUUGACCAAGAAACCACUUUACCUUCACCUCCAUCAAACGUUGCACAAGGAAUGACCCUAGUCGUGAGACUUCUGUGAACUGAACCACAAGUCAUGGUAGCUGUGUGUAGUAGCCUUAGCCUUCACGGGGCUGGAAAAUGACUGUAUUCAUGCCAGUAGGUCAGACAGGACCAUCAUGCGCUGCACAGCACUACUUCAGGGUCAGAGGCAAGCCUACCAUUCCAGUGCAAGAUUUUUUUCAGUACCUUCCAGAUACAGGUUUUUCAGAGACUCCUGAAAUACGUUGACUGCUUUUCCUAAUUUUGCUGUUCAUCAUUUUUUAUCUUAACUGUUACUAUCCUUUUGCCUCAAACUCUACUCGAGGGUGGAGAGUGCCCCUUUGCCAAACCUGUAGCAAUAAAGAUGUGGCAGGCUUACUAACUGUUUACAUUUGCUGUGCUAUUGUAGUUCCUCUCAUCUGCAUUUGGGAGUUCUCUGUAGCGGGCUGGGUGGCAGAAGACUGGGAGGAAGAUGAGGUGGGUGGGAAGGAGCUUGAGGUACUGCAGAUGAUAAAGUGAGACAAGAGGAUCCUGGGUCAAGCGGGGUGGCCACAGAAGAGCUCCUCAGUCAGCUGUUCUGCUUUGGGACGGGAGGACAACUGCAGAUGAGAACCCUGAACUAUGAUUUUAACAGCUUUGCCUGACCCACUUGUACUGAGUUUUGGAUACAAUAUGUGUUGCAAUCCUUUAAACCACCAUUACUCCCCAAUAGAGCUGUUUUUUUCUGUAUCUUGUCACAGAGUGAUUUGUAAGUGUGGGUGGGGGAUAAAGAGAGGCCUUCUCUGUGGCUUCAUCCUCAUGUUGGUGGCUGUUCCACCAUUUCAAUGACAGCAGGACAGGCCCCUCAGUGUUAAGUGUCAAUUUUCCAGAGCUUCUGGUAAAGUAGAUCUGGCCAGCAGGGUGACCCACCUUUUACAUGAAACUGCUGUUCUUAUGGAAACUGAUUGUAUGCAGUUUUCUGCAUCUUUUUGUGCAAGUCUGGAAACUUACUCUAAAAAUUACCUGUUUAUGUAAGUAGAUAGGUUUAUCAUUUAUUUUCUGUAUUUUUGAUUUGGUGUGUGAUAAGCUGCAGGACAUGGGCUUAUUGUGUCACACUUGCAUUCACCUUUUGACCUAAUAAAGGGACAGAAGUAGAACCCAGUCAAAUCUUUCCUAUAUUUGUGUGGAUAUUUAAUACAAUACUUUAAGGUUUGAUGUACCUCUUGCAUAUCGAACUAGUGCCUACAUACUCUGCUAUGCUAACAAAAGACCCAGCUCCUCAAACAGUGUCAAUUAAGUUUGUUUUAAACAGUCUGGGUGCAGAUGUAUCACCGAUUCCUCUUUUAUGUCAUGUUAUGUUCUGCUUUAAUGGGAAAGAAGUUACUUUUCCUCAUGCUAUUUGUCUGGCUACAGCCACGUGUUCAGAAUUUUUGGCUUUACCAUAUUGAUUAGGAUAGAAGGCUAUUGUUGACUGUCCUAAUCUUCUUGCCUUCCCUCUGUUCUGAUAUGACUAAGGAUGAAAACAUUUUGGGUGUUACAACAAAAGCCAGCAGUGCUUUGUCAAAUUCCACUUCUGGUUGGGGCAAGUAAAAUUGUGCAAUUGAAUUUUCCUGGUUAGGGAUCUUUACAGUACCCUGAUGGUAUUACAGCUGAUACAGGGGAUGUCAAGCCCUAAAAACAUAUCCCUGUGAGUUAUGGAAAUAUGUCUGAAUGUAGCGUUCUGGGUACCAGACAAGAGGAUGCAUAAAUUCUUAAUGAAUAAAUAAAAACUUAUCCUUUGAAUGCUGCAGCAGGGUGGAGCACAGCGUUGGUCUGUGGCUGAGUGACUCGGAGUUCAGGCAGUCACUGUAAAGUUCCCCUGAUCCAUGGCUGGCUCCAGUCUCUGACCCAAGCCUGUAGCAGUGAGUCUCCAUGCAAGGCGCACAGCCUGGCUUGCCCAGCAAGGGACUGGUCUGUCCCAGCUCUGCCAUCGCCUUUGGCAUCACAUUUGGCGUGGUGGAAGUACUGCAGUCAGCCAAUUGUGUGCUCCUGGAAGGCCAGUCCACCCCAUUCUAAGUUAUUACAGCUAAUGGGGUGAGCAAGGGAGGAGACACGGAGCAUCGCAAAGCUUAGUAUGGGGGAAAGGAAGAUCCCGAACUUGGAGAACCUUAAAAACAUGAAUGUUCAUCUGUGUGUGUGAUUACCCACUGUGUGGAACUGAACACUUACACUUGAAUCGCAAACCCGUUGUUUCAGCUGCUUACCUUGACUCUUGCUCAGCUUGUAGAUGUCUGUGUUAACUCCAGUUACAUGAAAUGUCAACUUUGAAGUAUUUCUGUUAAAUACACAAGUAGAGCUUUGUAUUUAACUGAUUGUGAAUUAAUGUCUGUAGUGUGAAAUACCAUUUUAAAGUUGUUUCUCUCCUUGGUGGUUUUUCUGUGAACUCUUUCACCAAAAGGACUCCUCCUCCCAACACAAGCUUAUCUGUGGUUUUAUGCUUUAGUGAUGUUCUGUCCUGUCUUUCAUCUGAAAGCUAAAGCUUAAUACUUGUAAUGUAAGAAUGUAAUAAUGCAAUGGCAAGUUUACUGGCUGCUUGUACUCUGGCAGUAAAGCUGUGAUGGCCUUUCAGUAGGGUUUUUUUUAUUUCUAG